CUGCGUUGAUAAAAUACAAGUUAUGUUCAAAUUUUAUGUAUUUCAAAAUUUUAACAAAAAAUGCCUUUACUACUGAAAACUAAGGGAAACUACAGCAAAUACAUAUUUAGUGAAAAUAUAUCAGGAAAAUUAAACCUGACUGGUUGAGACUGAAUCUGUGCAUUAUGAUCAAAAGAUAUUGUAAUCAUAUAAAAGAUAUGCGGACAGCUAGCGAUCUAUAAACGUCCAGAUUUCAGGAAUACAGAGUUUCGAACGAUAAAACCUUCAACCAACGCUAUGGAGUUCGUGUUUAUGUAUUGCUUCCUUUUGACCGUUUUCACUACCACUACACAUGCAGCGGCCGUGGGGAUUGCUAAAGAGAACGAACAGAAAGACCGUGCACCUAUUGUGAAAAGAAGCGCAUCUGGCGGGAAUAUUGCCUUUUCAGCGUAUCUUGGUAGCUAUGUACAAGACUUUAACAACGACAAAAUUGUUUUUGACAACACGGUCCUCAAUGAAGGGAAUGCUUAUAACAGAGGAACAGGGGAAUUCACGGCGCCGGUAAAUGGGACAUACCUUCUGUCUUUUCAGUUCGAAAACUGGGCGAACGAUGUGCCUGACUUGCAGCAAGUUGCUACUCUUAAAGUCAGCGGUAACGUCAUUGCAAGUGCGAUUAUCAAGCCAAUGGGCCGGAGCACACAGGCAGGCAACAUGGCAGUCGUCCGGCUCAUUCAAGGGCAGAAGGCGUAUGUGACGGUGGAUGGAGGAAAUGUGUAUGGACAGAGUAGUGAACGCUUCACAUUCUUCACAGGGGCUCUUUUGUAUCAAUAAGCUGUAACAGCGCUGAAAACUGAAUGACUAAGAAUUUGCCGCGCCGUGAGAAAACCAACUUAGUGGCUUUGCGAACAACAUGGAUCCAGACCAGCCUGCGCAUCCGCAUCCGCGCAGUCUGGUCAGGAUCCAUGCUGUUCGCUAACGGUUUCUCUAAUUGCAAAAGGCUUUCAAAGCGAAUAGCAUGGAUGCUGACCAGACUGCGCGGAUGUGCAGGCUGGUCUGGAUCCAUGCUGGUCGCAACGCCACUAUGUUGGUUUUCUCAUGGCACAGCUCAUAUAAGUUUACAGGCACAAUGACCUCCAGAUUUUGGCUAAAAUGAGCUUUCUUUGAAAUUAAAUUGUGGUCAUAUUAUGAACAUUAUAACAUAAGGAUUUUUUUCAUAACUAUCUUUAAUAUGUCUAAUCAAGAAAGAGAAACAUACCCUAGUUGAGAGUCAAACCCGGGCCGCCUCGUUAAUAGAAACUUUCCUGACCAGGGCCCCACGGUUUUCAAAUUUAAAUGGAAAAAAAUAGUAAAAAACAACUAAUUCUCAUAUGCCUCAUAACAUAUAAUCUGUUGGUAACUAAGCUUUAAACCAACCCUCUUUAAAAAAUAUAGUAAUAAUUUUCUGAUAUGUAAAUAUUUUGUCAGUGGAGGUCAGUGCCUUUAAAGACAAUUAGAGCUUCUAGUUGAAAUAUAUGGAAACAUAUGCACAUAGCUUUAUUCAAUUAUUUUUCUUUUGAUUUUUAUUUACUGUUAGUAGUUACUGUAGUAAA